GGCGGCGAUCGCGGUGGCUAUGGACGAGGUGGUGGCGACCGCGGGGGCUAUGGAGGCGGGGAUCGUGGCGGCUAUGGACGAGGUAGUGGCGACCGCGGUCGAGGGUUCGACCGUGGUCGUGGACGCGGAGGGCCUAGGGAACAGGGCGGAGUCUUCGCGCCCGACAAGCCCGCGAGUGUUGACACACGACUGCAGGGCAAUUCGGAAGACCAGCUUGUGGCGGCUCUGCAAGGAAUGCGACUACAAGACACUGACCUUCCUGUGCGCCCUGGCUUUGGCUCGGCAGGGACACCUAUCAAGCUACGCACGAACUUCUUCCCCGUCAAGGUCCCCAAGGGCCCGCUUCAUGAAUAUGACGUUAAGAUUACUCCAGAGAUAGCCGUCAAGCGAGUCAAGCGGCGUAUAUUCCAGCUCGCCGAGCAGACUCCAGCGUGGGAGGGCGCCGGCUUGAAGGGAAACGUUACUCAUGACCACUCUGCGAAACUCAUUGCGGCAAAAGCGCUGCCUCAACCUCUCGAGAUCGUCGUACCUUUCACGGAGGACGAAGAGGCGGAGAUCUCCACGAAGCCCAAAGGCGGGAAGAAGGACGGGAAGUCAGAGAAAAAGGAAUACACGCUGACUAUCAAAUUUACUCAAGAACUGGAGACUCAGAGUCUCGUCAGCUACCUCAAUGGGCAACCCCAAUACCGUGGCUACGAUAUCUUGCCGAUCAUUGCGGCUCUCAACCUCAUCCUCGCUGCCCAUCCAAACAGGUCGUCCGCCGGUGGUGUCAUGGUAGGGAGGAACAAAUUCUUCCAUCCAUCACCUCAGGAACCUCCUGUCCCUAUCGGAGGUGGUCUCGAAGCUUGGCGUGGCUUCUACUCCUCCGUCCGCCCGGCACACAAAACCCUCAUGGUGAACGUGAACGUUUGCACAACUGCAUUUUACACACCGGGGAAUCUCGCCGAUGGGAUGUACGCCUUCGCCCAAAGUGGUGCUGGUACGCGAGUCGGGGCUUUCGUGAGAGGUGUGCGCGUGAAGACGACGCACCUUGGUCGGACAAAGACCAUCAAGGGUGUUCACCAGAGUAACGCUCGAACCUUCAGCUUCCAAGCGGAGGGUAUGGGCACCGUCACGGUCGAACAAUAUUUCAAAAGGAAAUACGGUAUUACGCUAAAUUAUCCUGAGCUGCAGCUCAUAGAUAUCGGUGGCCCCGGCGGAAAACCCAACCUGCUUCCCCCCGAAGUAUGCGAGAUUCUCCCGAAUCAGCCAUAUCGCGGGAAGCUGCUCGAUGAUCACACGGCGGAGAUGAUCAAGGUUGCCUGUCGGUUCCCCAACGUCAACGCUGCCGCUAUCGUCAAUCGUGGCAUUCACGAAUUGGGCUACGUCGGCAAGAAUGCAAUCCUGCAAGCAUUCGACACUGCUGUAGGCAACGAACUGGCGGUGGUCCCUGGGCGCAUUCUUCCUCUACCGGUUGUCAAGUACUCGAAAGGCAAUACAAACAUUGACGAGAGGGCUAGCUGGAACCUGCGCGACGUCCGGUUCUCCAUCCCCGGCCGGUUUGACGAGUGGGCUGUUCUCCUUAUUCAAGACAACGGGAGAGACGAGUUCCAGGGCGAGAAUGACCCAGCGUUGGAUAAAAUCAUCGCUGACUUUUCGAGAAUGUGCGCCAAGUCGGGUGUGAACUUUUCGAAGAAGAAUCCGCAAAUCCACAGCGUGCAGCUCGACCGCAAAAGCAACUCUGACCCUCUCCGGAAAUCGUCUGUCACAAAGAUCCGGGACAAGCUUCGUCAAAUGCGCCCCAAGCCCGAUUUCCUACUUGUCAUGCUCUCGAACAGCGACCGGCACAUUUAUUCGGGCCUCAAACACCAGUCAGACGUCUUCGCGGACAUGACGACGAUAUGCGUGCAGGUGGCCAAGAUCCGCAAGGAGCGCGGGCAGCCGCAGUACUUCGCGAACGUUGCGCUCAAGUUGAAUAUGAAGACUGGCGGCGUGAACCAUACGCUGGAGGCGAAGCACACGACGUGGCUAAGGCAGCGGCCCACGAUGAUGGUUGGCAUUGACGUUACGCAUCCAGGUUUUGGCACCGUCAAGAGCACGCCAUCCAUCGCGGCGGUUGUUGCGAGCAUUGAUCAGCAUUUCGGCCAAUUUCCUUGUAGUCUGCGCAUGCAGGAGUCGAAGAAGGAGAUGGUAUCCGACCUAGCCGAUAUGAUGGUUGAACGUCUCCAAGCCUUCCAGCAGACAAACAAAGGCACGCUCCCAGACAGGAUCAUCGUGUAUCGCGACGGCGUCUCAGAAGGCCAAUUUAACAUCGUCAUUAAAGACGAGAUGCCUGAGAUCAAGAAAGCGUUUAGAAAGUUUGAUAGGCAGCAGUCAUACAUGCCCAAGCUGACGAUCGUCAUAUGCGGCAAGCGUCACCACACGCGUUUCUUCCCGACAGACGCACAGAGCGCCGCUGGCGAUGGCAACCCUAGACCUGGCACCGUUGUCGACCGCGGCGUGACUGCCGUCUACGAGUUCGACUUCUUCCUGCAGGCGCACGGCGGACUCCAAGGCACGACCCGGCCGACGCACUACUACGUCGUGCAUGACGAGAUCGGGUUCGCGGCGGACCAGCUACAGACGCUCACGAACGACGUCUCGUUCCUCUUCGCGCGCGCGACCAAGGCCGUCUCGCUCGUCUCGCCCGCGUACUACGCCGACCUUGCGUGCGAGCGCGGCCGCUGCUACCUCCACCCGCUCCUCCAGGGCAUCACCGAGCGACGGGUGCGGACAGGGCAGACGGAGGUUUCUGAGGAAGACGUAUGGAGUGAAGCGAAGGAGCUCUGGGGUUCUGGUCCCGGGGCGAAUGUCCGGAAGACGAUGUUCUACCUCUGAGUAGAUUCGGAUCAGAUGUGGCCGGCUUGUGAACUUGGAUGAUUGGAAGUCGCACAUCCUGUUGCGUUAAUAUUGACAUCAGUGUAGCCCUUGGAUCUCGUACAUUUUGUGUGUAGAUGAUACCUGGACCAACUUUCAUGUAGCGAAGUGACGGAGUGGAACGAGAUACAAUGUAUUAGUAUUGAAAGGUAUCAAUCUUUCGAGGCAAAAAUAACAUAUAAUAAACUUGACUUUGA